GGAGAAGUUUGGUCCUCUCCGGCCACCGUGGCGGCAAUAUGGCUGCGCCCACGGAGACGGGAGCGGGUUCCGAAGCCGGGAGCCAGGUCCCUGUCGCUCGCGCAUGGACCGCAGCGCAGAGUUCCGCCGAUGGAAGGCGCAGAGUCUGAGCAAGGCGGACCUCAGCCGGAAAGGCAGUGUGGACGAGGACGCGGCCGAGGUUGUGGAGCUGCUGAAUUCGCGGGAGGAGUUUUUCACCACCAGCUCCUGCGCAGGCCGCAUCCUCCUCCUGGACGGGAGCACAGAUGGUUCUGGGGUUCAGAAACAGCACUGCUGCUGGAUGCUGGUCACCCACAAACCUUGUGGGAAAGACGAUGUGAUGGCAGCACUGAAGGGUGCGACCAGCAAUGCUGUUCUGAAGUUUGAACCGUUUAUCCUCCAUGUGCAGUGCCGGACACUGCAGGACGCACAGACCCUGCACUCGGUGGCCAUUGAUUCUGGCUUCAGGAACUCUGGCAUCACAGUGGGAAAGCGGGGAAAGACCAUGCUGGCUGUGCGGAGCACACAUGGAUUAGAAGUUCCACUAAGCCGUCAGGGAAAACUGAUGGUGACAGAGGAAUACAUUGAGUUCCUGGUGACUAUAGCAAAUCAGAAAAUGGAGGAAAACAAGAAAAGAAUUGGAAGGUUUUAUAACUGCCUACAACAUGCUAUGGAAAGAAAAACCAUUUCCAACUCACAUUCUGAGAUCAAAGAGAAAAAUAAUCCACUUUGUACUCAUAAGAAUAAAAGGAGCCAAGGAAAAGCACGUGACCCAUCCGUUACUGAAGGCAAUGAAACAGAACUGGAAGGCAUCGAUGGCCUGGGGAUCAGUGCUCCAUUCUUCCUGGAGGAUGACUGAGUUUGGCACCGACCAUGCCCGACACACAUUAUAAAGCUACUCUCUAGAAGAGUGCCGUGGUUGCUGAAUGUAUCAGCCCUUGGGGGGCAAGAGCUAAUUCCUCUCUGUUUUAGAGAAACUCUUAAGUGUAAAUGGCUUUUCACAGUA